AUGGCAUUGAAGCGUUUUGUUGAGCAAAAGUUGGGAAAGUUACCUCAUUUCUUGCUACAAACCAUCCUUGAAUGGGCACUGAUAGUUUUGCUAUUCAUCGAUGGGUUUCUUGCAUUUUUUUCCAACGAAUUCGCCAAGUUCUUCAAAUUGAAAACACCAUGCUUGCUCUGCACGAGGAUCGAUAACAUUGUCUUUAAAAGGAACUCCAAGAUUUACUACAAUGAUUGUAUCUGUGAAGCUCACAAGAAGGACAUUUCAUCUCUGGCUUACUGUCAUAUGCACCAGAAACUCUCCGACAUUAAGAGCAUGUGUAAAGGGUGCCUUCUUUCGUUUGCUGCUGAGAAAGAGUCAGAUUGUGAUGCCUACAAGUCCCUAGUUGGGGUUCUGGACAAGGACAUCGGUUGCUUAGUCGAGGAUGAUCAAAAGAUGCAGUUGAAAUCAGGAAGGAGGGGUGAUUUGGUGAAAGCUGAGAAGAGUAGUACUAGCGGUGUUGUUCCCAAGUGUUCUUGUUGUGGGGAGACCCUGAAGAUGAAGCCCACUUCGAAGAGGAUGGUUCGUAGUUCGUCACUGAAUAGGAGUGCUCUUUUGCAAAGGAGUGCUCAAUCUCCUCGAUCAUGGACACUGGCAUGGAAAAAUGAGGAAUCCAGGAAUUUAGAGCUGCCCCACAUUCGUUGCAGGAAGCUCAAGAAGUUCGUGUCAGACAAUGAAUCAGAGAUUCCAAAGGAUGAGGAUGGACUUAAUGGACACAAACAAUCAAGAAAAGAAGGUAUUAAGGAUUCUACCGUGCCAUUGCUACGAGAGCACAAGGAUAUGAAUGGAGAUUUCUCUAAGACCCCUAGAGGAAGCAUGAAGUUUGGGAUCCCACUUGCACUUUCAGCUUCAGCAAGUCCUAGGUGGGCUACUAGGCUUCAGAGGAAACUGCAAAGCGAAAAGCCAGAGUUGUUAUUCGAAUCCAUUGACGCCAACACUACAAAUGGAGAAGAUAGUGACUCCAUUUUGAGACAAUUUCGUUUAGAUCACAAGUCGCUUGAAGAAUUGUACACAGAAUUGGACGAAGAAAGGAGCGCCUCAGCUGUUGCAGCAAACAAUGCAAUGGCCAUGAUUAGCCGGUUACAAGCAGAGAAAGCUGCAGUCAUAAUGGAGGCCUUACAGUAUCAGAGAAUGAUGGAGGAGAACGCUGAGUUUGACCAAGAAGAGCUGCAAGCUAUGAAGGAUUUGGUUAUCAAGAAAGAGGAAGAGACCAAUGCUCUAGAGGCUGAACUAGAGGCAUAUAGAGAAAAAUAUGGACACAUAAACGAAGUAGGUACUGAGGAAGAUGAAAUUGAUUCUAAUGAAGAUUAUCAAGAGUUGAAUUCUCAUUCUUUCUCAUCCAUGAGUGAAUGUGGCUGCCCCAGUGAAGUGGAUCAUAAUGGUGGAAAUGAGCUAAUGAAGGAAGAAAAUGGAGGGGAGACCCUUGAUGAAUCAUUAUUGGAUUUUAAGCGCGAGAGAUCUUAUCUUUUCGGAAUGUUAACAAAUUUGGAGAAGAAAAUUAAUCCACCUUCAGAUGAUGGGACUCAAUCUUCACACAAUGAUUCAGACAUGGUUAAGUAUGAAGAUAAAUACACAGGAUAUGAAUAUAAGACCAUCCUUACAAGAGAAAUGUCUCAAAUUCGGGAGAGGUUAAAUGCAAUUGAAGCAGACAGUGGAUUUUUAAAGCAUGCUGCUAUGACACUCCAGAAGGGUGGUGAAGGGACAAAACUCUUGGCAGAAAUAGCCCAUCAUCUGCGGAAGCUAAGGCACUCGGUGAAAAUGCCCCAAGAGGACAUAGUUGCAUGACUUCCAUCCCCAUUGCUUUCGUGGUACUUUCUUUUUGAAGUGCCUUCUUUUCUUUUUCCUUUUUAUUUUUAACAUGUUUUUGUUCUAUACCUAUUUAUAUUCUUGAAAUUUCUUUGUGAGAGUGAAAAUAAAUAUCUAGGUAUGAUCGAGUGAAUUUAUCCACAUUAGGUUUUUUUGUAAUAGUGGUGACACUUCCUAGAGUGCUUAAGGACUACAAGAUGGAAUGACCUCUAAAUCUGUGUUCAUUGAUGGCCAGGUUAAGCAUUGUAUUGAACAUU